AUGAAGAGGAGAGGAAACCAUGUCAACCCCAGUCCCAGGGGUAGCAGAGAUAUUGAUGCCCAAACUAAAGGAGGAGGAGAUGAUUUCCGGUCCAUUUCAGCAUUACCCAUUCAAAACCUCGUCGAUAUACUCUCUAGGCUACCCUUCAAAACCAUUUUCAGUUGCAUGUGUGUGUGCAAGAAAUGGAAGGAUCUUAUAUUAGCCCCAGAAUUUGCCAAACUGCACCACACUAGAGCACCUGCCUCUCUCAUUCUUCGAUCCCACAGACAUGGACGUCGACGCAGACCUAGAAGCCUUUGCUUACUCGAUCUAGAAGCCUCGGAUAUAUGCAGUCCUGAUGCAGCAGUGAAGCUCAGUCCUGACUUCGGUUUCCCAACUGGGAACUUUGAAAUUGUGAACACCUGUAAUGGAUUGAUAUGUAUACGCCAUUUUCAUUCACCAAAUGAUAUUAGCAUACUCAAUCCCCUUGUUGGUGAUUAUAUCACCCUACCCCUAACGAAGAAGAAACACAAGUCUUAUGUUUUUUCCUGGUUUGGGCACAGUCCCAAGACUGAUGAGUACAAGGUGAUUCAGUUCGUUCAGCAGCCAUCGAAAUUGGAGGCUGAGAUACACACACUCGGAAAGGGUACAUGGACAAGCAUUCAUGGAGGUGCCCUCAGUCCUCCAAUAGAUAUGAGAUGCCAUAAUGCUUUUGUAGGCGGGUGUCUCCAUUGGAUUGUUAAUGAUCCUUCCAAAUCAGAAUUUAUAUACUGUCUUGAAUUUGGGCGGGAGCUGUUUCAACCAGUUGCAGCACCUCCUCAUCUUGGCCCUAAUGACAAGGACAGGACUGGGGACAUGAUGCUAGGGGUAUUAGGAGGAUGCCUCUACUUCUUUGAUUAUCCUCUGGGUGACAGUUUUGAUAUAUGGGUGAUGAAACAAUAUGGUGUUCAAGAGUCCUGGACUAAGGAAUUCAUUUUAAAGAAUCCAAGCACAGAUAUCAUAUGGUACUGGGACCUGUAUCGACCAAUAAGUUUGCUGAGCAAUGGCGAAAUCUUGAUGUCACAUAAAUCCAAGGCUAUGGUUUCUUAUAAUCCAGAAGACAGGAGCUUCAGAUUUCUUAAAAUUUAUGGGAUUCAAAACUUUGAAGCCAAUCCUUAUGUACCAAGCUUUCUUUCACCCAGGGAAAUUGUCAAGGGAGAAAAUACAGGUGCGGCAAACAUCCACUCAAGAUAA